AUGCCCUCCCCCCAACAACACCCUGCCGACCGCCGUUCAUGCCGCUCACCCUUUCCAAUCAAUGAGCCUUUCGAGCCGUACCGAUACGAGCCUCUUCCGUCCCCACGCAGCAUCCGACUUGUAAUCCUGAGACCAGCCUUGACCUUCCAACACCCGCUUCGGUGUUCCCUCAGAGUUGUCUCGCUCGAUGAGCCCCCGACCUAUGAAGCCUUGUCCUAUGUCUGGGGAUCCCCGCAAGGCACACGGCCCAUUCGGUGCAAUGGCCGUGAGAUCCUCGUGACGCCUAACUGCGAGGACGCCCUCCGCAAUCUGCGCAUCGCCCAUCGGCCGCGCGCGCUCUGGAUCGACGCCAUCUGUAUUGACCAGGAAUCAAUGGCCGAGAAGAGCGUCCAGGUUCCUCUUAUGGGCGACAUCUACCGGCUCGCAAAGCAAGCCAUCGUCUGGCUCGGCCCAUCCGUGGAUGGGCUAUCCGGGACCCUCAUGCGCCUCAAUCUGAUCGGCAAAAUUCACUUUGAAAUGUCCACGGACCCUUUAUCGGAGCGCAAGAAACGCCGGGCAAAUAAAAUACUACCUCGUGGCGAGGUUGAUCGUAUCUGCCGCAUCUGCUCCAACGAGUGGUUCCAGCGCAUCUGGACCUUCCAGGAGUUCAUGCUCUCUAGUCAUGUCGUUUUUAUGCUGGGACGGGCUCAGUGCCGCCCACGCGGGCUCUACACCAUGUACCACUACGGGCGCGAGCUGAUGGACCACGACACUGCGCAGGCUUUCGAGCUGAAGAGUUACCUCCUCCGGUACUUCCACGAUGAGGAAUUCAGUGCAAUAUCGUCAUUGCUGGACCUCGCAAUCUUGAACCGCGCCACCGAUCCCCGGGACAAGGCGUACGGCUUCGCGGCAUUUCUCCAGCAGAAGAUCUCCCGGGUUCCCCCCUUCGAUGUUGACUACUCAAAGUCCGUUGCCGAAGUCUAUACGGACUUUAGCUGGCGCUUUAUGUGUGCUGUUCAGAGUGCUGGGAUCCUUUCACUUGUGCCGACAGGGCAGGAAGCGGGCGGCUGGCCGUCGUGGGUGCCUGACCUACGCGAUCCGGCCCUCAUAAAGCGGGACAGGUGCGACUGGAUCGACUGCAGCUGCGAGAGGAGACUCACAGGUGAUGAGCAAAAGAGAGAAUUUAAGACAAUUAGCUUCUCGGAACCAGCGACCUUAAGCAUAGGUGCCAAGCACUGUGCUAUAAUAGACCUUAUCGGUCCGACGAUGCCGCGCCCGGAAGGCAGGCACAACCACGAUGGGGUCUAUACGGAGAACAGCCAGUCGUGCCCCGGACUAUCGAGCUGGAUCUCCUUCGUAGAUUCGCUCGAUGAAAAGUCAGCUGCACUUUCGGGCCUGAGGUUCUUGCUUCAACUGACUCCGGGCUUGACGCGCUGGGACAUCGUCCCAGAGGGCCGAGCAGUACCAGAAAGGGAAAAGGAGGGCUGGGGCCGGUGGCACAAGUAUCAGACCAGCUUGGACGGGUGUACCAUAUUUUCGACUGCGACGGGACAGAUCGGGGUUUGCAAAGGCGAGGUUAUACCCGGGGAUCACAUUUUCCUGCUCGCAACGGCGAAUCAUCCUUUCGUCUUGCGCCGCGUUGGAGAGUCAUUUCGUGUGGUUGGCUCCAUCAGUAUCCUUGGUCUAGGUGUCCAUGGCUGGAAGUCAGUGAGAUUCACUGACAGCGAUGGAGUUAAGAAAAUCAACAUUGUCUAG